AUGGAUUGUGACCCGUCGGUUGAUACCUAUGCAUGGGAAACCAUGUCAGAGAGUUUGAAACUAGCUUCUAUCUGUUGUCUAGCUCUUCGAGAGUUAGACGAACAACUUUAUGCCCGCAUCUCACUUCUGCUCAGCAACGAGUCCCCCAUUUCGGAUCAUUUAGUGCAGGAAGCAGCUUUGAAAGCCACUACAGUCCUCGUUCGGAGUUUCCCUAUGAUUGCUGCAAAUAUGGCCAGCCAUCUCAGGCGUUUUGUGACCUCUCCGUUGCCAAUUUUUGAGUUUGAGUUCGCAUCAGAAAGAAGGGCCCCACCACCGCUCUCCGCAGCUGCUAAGUGCCUCGCACUUUGUAUCAAGUUGGCUCCUGGAGACGACUUGAUCAUGUCGAACAUGUACUCCUUGCUCAAUUACAUCGCUGCGACAAGCAAAGAAAUCUAUGAUUCGAGUAGUAUGCACACAUUGAAUUUCAACAACACUCACAAUCAGGGCACCAUCCAUUCACUGGAAAGCGGUCUGCGUGGACUUUCAGAGGACGAGAAGCGGCUGAUCGGAAUUAGUACUAUAUCGGUCGUUACAAGGCUUGCACUUGAAUUUCGAAUGGAAGAGGUAACAAAGCUUACCAUAUCGAUGCUGUUGCAACGGUUACGUUCUGCUGAGCCGACGGUGGAGGCAGCCAUCGCGUACAACCUUGUCGAUCUGGCAUUGGAAGCGCCACGGAACGCAUUCGUGGAUAUCGUCAGAAUCUUCUCCUCAAUCAACCGCUCAGCAAAUCCAGAUGACCCCCGAUUUUCAAACAACAUGGUUUUGGCUGCUCAAACGAGGCUAGCACAAGAGCUGCAUCGUCGACCCGAGCUUUACGAAGCCUACCUUGUUGAAUUGCUCACUUUGUUUUCUGAUAAAGGCGUUGCCAUACAGAACUUGAAGAUCGCCAAUCAUCAUAUAAAGGCAAGACUGAAUUAUACUACUGAUGACAUGGUCGAACAAUUAGCAUCUCUUCUGCUACCCAUCGAUGCCUUACUUCACCAUGAAGACUUUGAUCCUCAUCAAGAGCCUUCUUCCGAGAUUGUAACUCUCUUCAGGAAUAUGUGGUUCUUGUGUGUGCUGUUUCACUUCACAAACGCAAAUGAGGGAGACACGACAGCAAUGGACUGGCUCAAACCUACAAUGUCUCGAAUUGCAGUCAAGACGCCGUCCAUGGUAAUGGAAGAAUCGCAUGAUGCGAUCGCCAGUGACGUUGAAUACAAUUCCGUUAUCAGGCAAGAAUACGCACAUACAGUCAUUUCGAAACACCGGAGUUGCCUCACGGGUUACAUCGCGUUACGUUCAGGAGACAUCCGCUACCUCUCUUCGGGUCAGGUCAUCUUCGUAUUAACCAUGCAUGACAUCGAGAGCAUGCGUUCCGCAGCUGGUUUGCCAUCUUCCCUCCUGUCGUACUUUGUUAACGACGGCUUGAACAAGCACCCAGGAUUGAGCGCGUGUAUGGAUUCAGUCGCUGAGAGGGUUAUUCGAGGUUGCAUUAAUGACCUAAACGCCAAAGCUGCCCAGCAAGCAUUUCCAAAACAUCUCUCCACUGAGCUUCGUAGUCUUGUCGUUGGGAGUACCCACCGCGUUGCGAAGGCCCGAGAAAUCGCAUCGAAAUAUCUCAAUCGACUGAUCACGUCUUUUCCAUCCCUCACCUGCGAUCCGUUGCUAGUUUUCACCAUUUUGGAAGUGCUUACGUUACUCCAAAGAUCCUGCGAAAAUGAGUUUGUUGACGAGUAUAACCCUGUUUACGAAUACUAUUCUGAUAGAAGCAAUGUCACUCUUCAACUCACUGAUAGCUAUCAAAUACGGAACGAAAUUCUUGGUCAAUUGAAGCGCAACGCGGUGACUUGGUUUGAGCUCGCAUUGGGUAGGGCUCCAAUGGAAUUGCAGUCUACCUUGCAGAAAUAUUUGACUGUCAACCGAUCAAGCACUGGACCAAACUCUGCUGAGCUAGGUGCUUCUAUCGCAGAGCAAUUUGGCAAGGCGAUCGGCCCCGUUCAUCGGCAACUCACAUCGCUUUUUGCACUUUCUCCUUUGAAGGUUGAUGCAGCAAAGACCCUCGCUAGCCAAAUUGCUAUCAAAGGCUAUUUUGCUGGCGAGGCUGCGGGUAUCAGACUCUCGGAUCGUGAAGGUUCGAUGCUCUUCCUCUUAUUGGCUACAUCUUCGCCGCCCCAAGUAGCUCUUUCUACGGAGAUUCAGGCACUGCGAUCUCAAAUGUUGCAGACGAUGAACGAGAUUCGCCAGAAAAAGAGCGCUUUGACAGUACAUGAUCUUCGUAGGUUGCUGUUUCGAUGCGCUGCUACUCUUAUUUCCUUGGACCAGUUUGAUUACGAAAUUGUGCACUAUCUUGUUUCUUUGCCCUUUGGUGUUGCCACACCGUCAGCAAUCGCUGUAGGAAUUGAAGUUUGGAGCUGGGUUAUCGCAGAAAAGGCUGACCUAGAGGUCGCAUUGAUGGGCGAGAUUCUCUCAGCUUGGUCAGAUACCAUAAAAUUGGAAAAGGGGAUCUUUUCAAGAACCCUCGACUACAGCGACCCUUUCUAUCACCCUAUAAGCUAUAGCCCGACGAACAAGGAAGACAUUGAUCGAGCAUUGAUUCAAGCUAGAAAGAUCCUUACACCCCAUACACUCGUCUUACAGAUGCUUUUUAGCCGUCUCCAAGCUGCACGAUAUCAUCGACCGGGAGUUAUGUUAAUGAUCCAGCACCUGGUAUUACGCUCUACUCAGUCGCACACAAGACUCAGCACACAUGCACUCGCGCGAGAAGCCCGGUAUUCUCUCCUUCUUUUUGGAUUCGAGACACUCAAAAGCUCGCAUCUUGAUGCAUUUUGCGAGAACACAUUGCGGGAAAGCCUGUAUACGGUUGCAUAUAAUUGGUUUUCUGUUCGACCCCAAUGGUCCUACGGUGCCGAUCGCGUCCAAGUUGAUGCGGACAUCAAGAUUCUCUCUGAAUUUUUGUCGUAUCUUCAGACCGACACGGUUCGGGGCUCACCCCUCAUUUCCAGUUUGUCGCCUUCACAAUCGAUGUCGCGCUCAACUUGUGAGCACACGAAUAACGGAAUGCGAAGCCUUAACCUUCCUCUGAGAUUGCUCACCGAGAACGAAAUCUUUCGAUUGUCCGUUUGGAUGAAUCCUUCAAACGAUCCAAAAAAAGGCAGCGACUUGGUAGGAAAUACGGAGCGAACGCUAUUGGAGACCUCUUGGGCUGAAAUUGUUCGCACAGUGUGGCAGAUCAAUCCAGGCAUUGCAGUGCAUCUUAUCGAACGAUUCAAAAUAGGGUCCAUUCGCUACGAAGUUGGAAAAUUAGUUCGCUCGAGCACAAUUGCUGUUCUCGACAUAUCAGAAGCCUUGCCCCUUCUACUGGGCGAGAGGCUGGAUCCCCAUAUUCAUCGAGAUCUCAAGCUUCUCCUACUUUGGGCGCCUGUCCCGCCCAUCCUUGCUAACACAUUAUUCGAGCGGCGAUUCAAUAACGAUCCUCUCAUCCUUCAAUAUGCACAUCGUGUUCUCGUGCAACACCCCGUAGACUUGACGUUCUUUUUCAUUCCUCAAGUUGUCCAGGCACUGCGCUACGAUGACCUUGGUUACGUUGGCCGUUUUAUUUUUGAAACGGCCAAAAUCUCUCAGCUCUUUUGCCAUCAAAUCAUUUGGAAUAUGAGAGCAAAUUGUUUUAAGGACGAUGCAGCAGACGUGGAGGACCCCAUCAAACCUGUCUUGGAUGAAAUCAUGGACAAGGUUGUAAAGUCUUUAUCUGGAGAAGCCAGAUCAUUUUACGACCGGGAAUUUUCGUUCUUUAACGAGAUUACAGCGAUUUCCGGCAAACUGAAGCCCUACAUCAAGAAGACAAAGCCAGAAAAAAAGGCUAAAAUUGAUGAAGAGAUGGCUAAAAUUGAUGUUGAUGUCGGAGUAUACCUUCCAAGCAAUCCUGAUGGAGUGGUGGUAGAUGUUGACAAAAAAUCGGGGCGUCCGCUUCAGAGCCACGCAAAGGCACCAUUCAUGGCCACUUUUAGAGUCCGAAAGCAGCGCAUUGAAAUCAACACAGACCCAGAUUCUCUCCUAGACGGAGAUGGCGGAGGCGUCGAGACACGCGUUGAUUACGAUGUGUGGCAACAAGCAAUUUUUAAAGUCGGCGAUGAUUGUCGGCAGGAUGUGCUUGCCUUGCAAAUUAUCGCGAUGUUCAAAAAUAUUUUCACAAGUGUGGGUUUGACACUGUAUCUAUUUCCAUAUCGAGUCACGGCGACAGGUCCCGGGUGCGGCGUCAUCGAUGUUGUUCCAAAUGCUACUUCCAGGGACGAAAUGGGGAGAGCGAAGGUUAACGACCUACUCGAUUUCUUCAUUGCAAAGUACGGCGGGCAGGACACUGUGUCAUUCCAGCGUGCUCGCCUGAAUUUCAUCCAGUCGAUGGCUGCGUACUCUGUGGCAUGUUACAUUUUGCAAAUCAAGGACAGACACAACGGGAACAUCAUGAUUGACGGAGAAGGUCAUAUCAUUCAUAUCGAUUUUGGUUUUUUGUUCGACAUAGGUCCUGGAGGUGUCAAGUUCGAGCCAAACUCGUUUAAGCUCAACCAUGAAAUGGUCAUUCUAAUGGGCGGUCGAUACUCGCAGGGGUACCAGAUAUUCCAAAGUCUUACAAUAAAGGCCUUCCUCGCCAUUCGCCCUCACGCGGAGCAAAUCGUCGAUACCGUACAGCUGAUGCUCGACACGGGACUGCCCUCUUUCAAGGGGGAGCCCACAAUCCGUCGGCUCAGAGAUAGGUUUUCUAUGCAUCUCAACGAGCGACAGGCUGCGGAUUACAUGAUGGGUAUCAUUCGUAACGCACAUGAGAACGUAAGAAGUACCGCAUACGACGAAUUUCAGAGGCUUCAGAAUGGUAUACCAUACAAGUAGUAUUGACAGUGAUGAUAAUUUACAGCUAAACUCACAUCGAUAGACCCACUUUGAAAAUGCAGCGCUCAGCCACCUUGUUUAUACGAACAAAACAAACUAACCAUGUAAAGGUU